AUGGCAGAGGUACCGAGGGUCCGCAGCGCAUUCACCAUGAAGAUUGUAAGCCUUUUAUGCCUUCUGGCUACCCUGCUAGCCUGCACAGAAGCCUACUAUAUCUACUACUAUACCGUACCCACGUCCAACACUGGUACCACAUAUUACUACCCUACUAAUAACAAUAAUGGAUACAACUAUAAUUACAACAACAACAAUCAAGUCUACUAUGACAGCGGUACAGGAUACAACUAUAACUAUAAUAAUAACAACAACAACCAAGUCUACUAUGAUGCCGCAACAGGAACAACUUAUUACUACAAUCCAUACAGUACUACCAACACGAAUGGAUGUAGCAAUUGCAAUACAAACACCAACACUCCUUAUGUUUACUAUUAUUAUACGGGAAGAAAAUAA